AUGCUGCGGUUCCUGCGUAGAACCCUCGGGCGUCGGUCCAUGCGGAAACAUGCUGAGAAGGAGCGACUCCGAGAGGCACAGCGCGCUCCCACUCACAUUCCUGCCGCCGGAGAUGCCAAGUCCAUCAUCACGUGUCGGGUGUCCCUGCUGGACGGCACCGACGUGAGCGUGGACUUGCCGAAAAAAGCCAAAGGACAGGAGCUGUUUGAUCAGAUUAUGUAUCACCUGGACCUUAUUGAGAGUGACUAUUUUGGCCUGAGAUUCAUGGAUUCAGCUCAAGUUGCACAUUGGUUGGAUGGCACAAAAAGCAUCAAGAAACAAGUGAAAAUUGGUUCACCAUAUUGUCUGCAUCUUCGAGUUAAGUUUUAUUCCUCAGAACCGAAUAAUCUUCGUGAAGAGCUGACGCGGUAUUUAUUUGUUCUGCAGUUAAAACAAGAUAUUCUCAGUGGAAAAUUAGAAUGCCCCUUCGAUACAGCGGUGCAGUUGGCAGCGUAUAACCUGCAAGCUGAACUUGGUGACUAUGAUCUUGCAGAGCACAGUCCUGAACUUGUGUCGGAGUUCAGGUUUGUGCCUGUUCAGACGGAAGAGAUGGAACUGGCUAUAUUUGAAAAAUGGAAAGAAUACAGAGGUCAGACACCAGCACAAGCUGAAACCAAUUAUUUGAAUAAAGCCAAAUGGCUAGAAAUGUAUGGGGUUGACAUGCACGUGGUCAAGGCUAGAGAUGGGAAUGACUACAGCUUGGGACUAACCCCCACAGGAGUCCUCGUUUUUGAAGGAGAGACCAAAAUCGGCUUAUUUUUUUGGCCCAAGAUAACCAGAUUGGAUUUCAAGAAGAAUAAAUUAACAUUGGUGGUUGUAGAAGAUGAUGAUCAGGGUAAAGAGCAGGAGCACACGUUUGUCUUUAGACUGGAUCAUCCCAAAGCGUGCAAGCAUCUGUGGAAGUGCGCUGUGGAGCACCACGCCUUCUUCCGCCUACGCGGACCCGUGCAAAAGAGUUCUCACCGGUCGGGCUUCAUUCGGCUGGGAUCACGAUUUAGAUACAGUGGGAAAACGGAGUAUCAGACCACAAAAACCAGCAAAGCAAGAAGAUCCACAUCCUUUGAAAGGAGGCCCAGCAAACGAUAUUCUCGACGAACUCUGCAAAUGAAAGCAGAUACAGCAAAAUCUGAAGCGUUCAGCGUUAAUAAUGUUUCAUCGCAGAGCAAUGGUUCCCAACAGGCUUGGGGUGCGAGAUCUGCCGUGCCUGUGGUUCCUUCCACUACCUCUGGGCCUGUGCUGGUGGAGAUUGAGAAUCUUCCACAGAAUCCUGGGACCGAGCAACACAACAGGAAAUGGCUCUCUGCUGCCAGUGACUGCUGUCAACGUGGUGGAGACCAAUGGAGCACCAGGGCCCUGCCCCCACCCCAGACCGCACACAGAAACUACACUGAUUUUGUCCAUGAGCACAAUGUGAAGAAUGCAGGCGGCCAUCACGGUGUCCAUAUUCCUGGCCACGCAGCCAUGACCGAGAUAUGAGGCUCAGUACCCUUAGGACAUGGGACUCUGUCAUACAAGUUGAUGGUUGAACGUUUCCUGGGGUUUGUAAAAGACUGAUCACAAUAGGAAUGUCUUGGAGAACUUAACUUUAUACUGAGUCACUAGUUUUAUAGUGCUGGUGCGAUUCAAUCCCUCUGAAAGAGAAAAGGCUCUGAAAUAGCCUUGUGUGACCAGGCAUGGUGACCUGUGUCCCCAUAUGGAGGGCUGUGCAUGCUGCUAGAGUCUGGCAAGGGUGUUUGUGAUGUUAGCAUGUUGGGACUUCAGUUGGUUUGUCUCAGGAGGAGGUUUAUGUUUGUGAGCUCUCACUUCAAAUCAGGUAGCGGAGAAGCCAGACCCUGAAGGCAGAGCCCAAAGAAAGUGUGUUCUGGCCUGGCACAUGCACCUCUCGUGGGAUAUUUGCAUAGUUGUUACCCAUUACUUCCUAAGCUUGUCCAUGCUUACUAUCAGCUAAGUGCCUGCAAUUUUAAUUAAUGUAAUUUUUAAUUAAAAGCACUUCUACUUUUUGAAGAAUACAACUCUUUAAAAUUACUAAAAUCAUGGCAAUGUCAUACGCUGGGACAGGUCUGUCCGGCUUCUGUUGGAUGGCUAACUGAAUGGUUACAUUACUACUGGAUGUUUAUACAAGGUGGAAGGUGUAUUCACUUUUGUCUUUUCAUUUUACUCUUUUUCACCUUAUACACCCAACAGAUGACCAUGGUUUGCAACAGCCUCAAGUUCUAGCCUUGUACAACCUUUAAAAUAAAUUUCAAAACCAAAACC